AAAUUUUUUAAGACCAUGGUUACUUUAAUGCAUUUAGUGUCUCCAGUUGGUGCUAUUGAGUUUACACUAAACCACCCCAAUCUACCUCUUGUUGAAUCAAUAACUGAAAUUUCUCCACAUUUAACUAAGCAGUCUGAGUCUUGUCUCUUUCUAGUGUGCAAAUAUGUGGCUUUGGAACUGAAAUCCUCAUUUGAUGAAACUGGCAGGACCAAGGAGGUGAUUGACACAAAGUAUGGCUUUUUGGAUGGCAAAGCAUCCAAAAUCAAGUACACAAAAUCAGACAUACGUUUAAUUGAGGUGGUAGAAAACCUCUGCAAGAGGCUUUUGGAGUACAACCUGCACAAAGAGAGGCCAGGAAGCAACAGGUUUGCGAAGGGCAUGUCUGAGACAUUUGAAACACUCCAUAAUUUGGUGCAGAAAGGAGUCAAAGUGGUGAUGGACAUUCCUUAUGAACUGUGGAAUGAAACUUCUGCCGAAGUGUCUGAUCUUAAGAAACAGUGUGAGAUAAUGGUGGAAGAAUAUGAAGACGUGAUUGAAGAUUGGUACAGAAACUAUCAGGAAGAGGAUAUUUCCCAAUUUCUGUGUGCAAAUCAUGUCUUAAAAGGAAAAGACACCAGCUGUCUAACAGAGCAGUGGAGUGGCAAGAAGGGGGAUUUGGCAAGUUCGGGACAGAAGAAAGGAAAGAAAAAGGAGGGCAAAGGCAAAAAGACUGCCAAAAAGAAAAAGAGUCACGAAGACAAGGACAAGCAGGAAAGAGAGACUGUCAAGGCAAGCGUGGAGGACGCACCUGCAGCAGUCGAGGAGAAAGAAGAGGCUGUUCAGAAGCUAGAGCCACUGUUGCACAGCACCGAUGAGCUGUAGGUUGCCAACCCUUCCCUCGUGUGGGCUUGCAAGCUUGCCUUCAGGCCACAGAGACCUGCUUUAGCUCAUUGGAGUUACAAGAUGGCGAUUCUCACUUCCCGGAGGAAUGUGCAAGUCUGCCCCUGCAGGGCAACGCUCUGCGGUUAUGUGAACUUCAGCUAUCCAGUGUUAAUUCAACCUUGCCCCGGGGCGGAGUGGGUGAAACCCAGAUGGUCCCUUUCACACUUGGAGAAGCAGUCGGCCAGAAAGGAGAGAAGGUGAGGGCCCGCGUGCCUCAGCUGGGAUGGCUUGCCUUCAAAACCUGAGGCUGCCGCCCAUGUUGAUUUCCUCCUUUCCUUCUCUGCUUCGACCUUCCAAAAACAACUGGAGGAGGAUAGGAGGAAGAUGCAAGACAGCAAGAUUGAAACUCACUGCAAGCUCACUUUUCAGACCCAUGACUAGGACAAGCAUCUUAAUAAUCAGCCCAGUGGGCUACAUAAGGGACAUUUCUGUAAGUCACUUUGGAAGGUGGGUGGUCUAGUUCUGCUUUUCAUAGCUAUCAUGUUGUAGAUCAUGUUUUAGAUCAUUGAGUUUGCUUGGAGGGAAGUGGAGAUGAGGGUUCUCCCAGCGGAAUUAAAGGCACUCUCGUUUCGCUGCUUUGUUUUGUUAAAUUCCUUUUGCCUUUUCCCCUUCUCACCUUAAGGAAUCAGGUCCUUUAGCAGCUCUAGUCUGGAGAGUAUUUGCAGGUGUUUGUGAUGCUUUCCUCCCACCCACCACUUGUCCUCCCUUGCUGCAGAGAAUAUGCUUCUCAUUUCCUAAAGUCCUGCAAAGUGUGUAAAUAAAUAUUUUUUGCAUAA